AUGGAGAGUUCGAACUUUAGCGACUUGGUAGAUCCUUAUCCAAGUUACUCGUCAGAUGAUGAAGAUGAAGAAGAACUGGAGGAAAUAUGGAGGGAGCAAGAUGAGAAGGAAUGGAUGACUUUAUGCCAUAUAUCAGGUAAAUUGAUCUUGAAGUAUUACAAAAAAUACCUAUGUAAGGAACCUUGUCGUACAUCCAGUCGCUCUGGAAAUGCAUUUAUUCAAGAGAUAUUAAGAGGAAACGAGACUCGUUGUUAUGAAAAUUUUCGAUUGAGAAAGUCGGUGUUUGUUGAUUUAUCGAAUGAUUUAACUGAAAAUUAUGGGCUUAAACCCACACGCGGAAUGUCAAUACACGAGAUGUUAGACAUGUUCUUGAUGACUUGUGCACAUGGAGCUGGAAAUCGAUUGAUACAGGAAAUCUUUCAACAUUUGGGAGAAACAAUUCAUAGACACUUUCACUGUGUUUUAAAGGCAAUUUGUGAGCUUGCGAGAGAUAUUAUAAGACCACAUCCAAAUUAUAAUGAUGGUGCAGGAGCUCACAAGCCAUGUAAAGGUCGAUAUCUCCCUUUCUUUAGAGAUUGUAUUGGAGCAUUUGAUGGCACACAUGUUAAAGCAAGAUUACCGCAAGGUCAAGAGAUACCAUAUAUUGGACGUAAAGGUUAUCCGACUAAAAAUAUUCUUGCUGUAGUAGAUUUUAAUAUGUGUUUUACAUUUGCAUGGGCUGGGUGGGAAGGAGUAGCUCACGAUAGUCGUAUAUUUGGUGAGGCCCUUCGUAGACCAGAACUCAAUUUUUCACGUCCAAUUGGAAAUAAAAAUAUUGUAGAGCUCACAUUUAGGGUUUGGAAAGCAAGAUGGUAUUUUUUGCGAGACAUGCCUUUCUAUCACAUUGACACUCAAAGAGACAUAGUACUUGCUACUAUGGCCAUUCAUAACUAUAUUAGAAAGAAAUGCAAUAUGGAUGAUGCAUUCCGAGCAUCUGAGAAUGAGAGAUAUGUUCCAUCUGUUGAUCCUGAUGUUGGUACAUCUUCGAGAACUAAUAACAAUAUAAAUGCAAGAAAAUGUGGAAGAGCAAAGUGA